AUGCAUUUGAAGAAGGGGAAGAGGAGCAUCAGCACAGUGUGGCGGCUUCUAUGGAAGCGUUUCUAUUCCGUACAUUCUAGGACAAAUAUGUACUCGGCUAGAAGCAGGAAAAGGCUUGUAACAAAUUUUACAAGGGUAAAUGGGCUACUUCUGAGCUGCAACUGUGAUACGUUCCCCUAUAUGCGCACUUUAUGGAGGUAUUUCAAUGCACCCGGUAAUGUGAUGUUUGUCACGACCAAUAUUGUUGCCUUCAUGGGCAUUGUCGCCUAUAAUACAAUGAUUACCGUAAAUAAUGAAAGGGCAUUCGAAGAGCAGAUGAUAGCCGCACAGAUGAGUCUGGCGAAACAGAGAAAAGGAUUCGAAACUGGAGCGCUCACUUUAUCUCGAGAUACUGAACUGGAUGAUCAAGAAGAUGAUAUUAAAUGCGAGCGGCCAGCGUCACGGCAUGCAGGAGAAGAUCCGUUUGUACAAGAGCAAGACGGGCAAUUAGACUCCCCCAUAAAACACUAUACUUUAGCAGAUCUGGUCUCAAACAAAGAGGCAAAAGUCGCCGAUUACGAUUCGCAACGCGUGAAGGCAUCCAUAUUCCAUAUGCUCUAUGCGUACAUGCUAUACCGAGAUACUAUUCAGCCGAAAACGGAGGUCCAGAACCACAGCAGCAAGGAGUGGCGUCACGAGGUAGAGCUCUUGAUCAAGGGGAAGCAGGCGCAGGGCACCCAUCAGAGGAUAGACGUGUUCUAUGAUUUAUGGAACAAAAAAUUUGACAAGGUAGUGACGUCGCUUGAAAAAGUGCAGAAUUUUGAACUGCCGAACUGGUCGAAAUACCCUACCAUAUUGAAGUUCGUAUGCACUGAACUUCACAACAACGAUUUGAAAACACUGGACGAGUUCAAGCAGUUCUAUGGCAAGGUACGAUCAAACGAGGUGAAGAAACUACUGGGACUUUGGCUUUACGACCAUUCCUUUCUUUUUCCUCGCAAUCUCUACGAUAACGAAAGUGAGGAAGGCUUUUACGACACAUUGAUCAAAGACUCCAUGCAGGACAACAAGAUAUUCCAGAAAUACUCUUCCAUCGUAAUGAAUCCGUACAACGAACGCACCCAGCUUUUUUUUCCCAACAUACAUACUCAGCCUGCCAACAAACCAAUACCGAGUAUAUCUCUAGAAACGUACACGAGACUGCUCAGCGGGUACAUUACCCUGCAGGAAACGAACUGCAAAUACGACUACAACGAUAAUAUAUUCAAGCUCAUCAGCAUCCUCAAACUGAACUGCUUCUUACAGCGCAACAGGAAGAAGCAUCCGGCGGCCAACGUCAGAAUUCUACUGCCGAAAGAUGAAGACCGCUCCCAAGCCCUCAGCACCAUCUCGCAGGCAGAAAGGAAAACCUGCUACCAAAUUUUGAGCAAAAAUAGAGACGUAAUUGCGCUGCUGAAACGCAUAUCUGACAUUCAAGCAGACUCUUCAUAA